AGGGUAGGGGUGGGGUGGGGCCAGGAGGGGAGCCUGCCUGGGGUGGCGCAUCCAGCACUGGGCCAGGGGGUCCAAAGUGCUCAGCCCCCAGGGGCACAACCGGACAUUUGGGGGCCUUCUUUCAGCAGGGGACAGCCUGACUGGGGUGAGCGUCCCCCACCCCUUCCCUCCAGACCUCUUCCCUCCCCUGGCUGGGCAGCCUAUUUUGGGAGCAGGAGUGGCCAGCCUGUGCUUCCCAGGCAGGCCUGGCCCAAGAAGGAGAGCGUGUGACACUGGGGUUCCGCUGGCCAAGUGAGGGACGAUGGCAUCCCUCAGUGAUGUCUUGGUUGUCUUCCUGGUUCUUCUCUCCGUCGCCAAUGCAGAAGCACCACAGGAACAGGACCCAUUCACCUAUGAUUACCAAUCCCUUCGGAUCGGAGGCCUCACCAUAGCCGGGAUCCUCUUCAUUCUGGGAAUCCUCAUUAUCCUCAGCAAGAGGUGCCGGUGCAAGUUCAACCAGCAGCAGAGAACCGGGGAACCUGAUGAAGAGGAGGGAACUUUCCGGAGCUCCAUCCGCCGUCUGUCCACCCGCAGGCGGUAGAGACACCUGGCAUCUGGAACUCAGCCAGGAUUCCCCUGGCACCCGACGCCUUCCGCCCAUCACCCGCGCGCCUCCAGCCACCGCGCCUGCCCCCUCCCCAGCCCUGUCCCACGGACUCCGCGUGCCUCCCACACCACCAAUAAAACGUGCUUUUCUCUCCUGA